AUUAUUCUUUGGAGCAUUGUUCUAUCAGCUGCAGCUCAGGUGUUCUGCGCGAUUUUCUAUUUGUGAAGCUAAGAAUCACGACUGCACAUUUUGUUUUUAUUGGUACGCGAGAACGUAUACACCUGCCUAAACCGCCAGUAGAGUUUCAGAUUGCUUAGUUAAACGAUGCCAACUUAGUGGCUUAGAUAAUAAACAUUUUCCAAGACUAUGGUCUGUUUAUAAUUUUAAAUAGUGCUAAUAUUAUUAUAAAUAUCUGCAGGACAAUGAACGGUGUUUGGAUUUAUUGGUGUCUCUUAUGUAUUAUCAUCAAAUUAUGUGAAGCUCAGAAUCAGUUUUUCAAAAUUUCUAUGGUAUCAUCAGAUUUAAACCCCAGUCAGCCGGCAACGUUCCAGCAUGGUGAAAGCCCCGUGUGGGACCCCGUAACGCAGAGCCUCUACUUCGUAGACGUUCACCAACAAAAUGUACAUCGCCUAGAGUACAGCUCUGGCAGAAUACAUACCAAACAUAUAAGUUACGGGCAAGUGAACGUGGUGUCGCUAGUAGCGAAUUCUCAGAGACUGCUAGUAACAGUUCGGGCGGGUGUAUACUUGCUGGACUUCGAUGUGCCCGGGGACGCGGCUCUGCGGCUCCUCACCACGGUCGACGAUGGACUGCCUGACAACGUCAUCAACGACGGCAAACCUGACGCCGAAGGGCGCUUUUGGGGAGGAACCAAAGGCCCCCAAACCGGCGAUGACGUGACUCCCGACAAGGCGACAUUCUACAGCAUAGAACAAGAGAGCUUCACGCACCCGCGCGUCCAGUUGCGCCCGGUAUCGAUCUCCAACGGGCUGGCGUGGUCUCUGAACAACACCGUGCUGUAUUACAUAGACUCGCCCACGCAGAAGGUGGAGGCGUUCGACUACGACAGUGUAAGGGGAGAGAUCAGCGGAAGGCGAACCAUUGUAGACAUAUCAAAUUACGGGUACGAAGAUGCGAUCCCUGACGGCAUGACCAUCGACAGCAAGGGACACCUGUGGGUUGCGCUGAUGUUUGGGGGAACUGUUCUCCACAUCGACCCGGAUUCCCGGCAAGUGAUCUACGGUUACAAAAUCCCCGCCUCCCGGGUAACCUCAGUAUGCUGGGGCGGACCAAACCUGGACGAAUUGUUCGUUACUACGGGCAAAGAGGACACGGUGGAAUCGACCCUUGAGCCGCUGGCAGGCGCCGUGUUCACGAUACGGGGCACCGGCAGUAGGGGCGUAGAACCGAAUUUGUUCAAGUUUGACAACGCUGAUAAGUAUUAACGUACUAGUGCAUUUAUAUCGUUUCAUCGAGAAAUUUUAUCGAUUUUAGACGAUCUAAAUACAUUUAUCGUCUAAAAUCUACGAUAAGAUUAUAUCGUGGCGCGCAUCUUAUGCCGGCUGGUAAUAAAGGUGAUAAAUAAGAUGUAACCAGCCGGGCUAGGAUGUGCGCCGCGAUAUACUUUAUCGACGUCAAAAUGUAUGGCAAAAUCGAUAAAAUGGCGUGAUAACCGCUUAUCGCGGCGCGCAUCAUAGGCCUACAAGUCUAAGUUUUUCUGCUUAGCUACUAGUGACUAGGAAAGAGUCAUUACAGGUUGAAAAAAGCUAAAAUCAAAGAAAAUUGUAAUUGUUUAGGUAGUACUAUUUAUAAAAAUAUUAAAUUAUUAAUUACACACCAGUGACAAAGUUAUAUUGCUUUUGCAUGCGACACGAUUUGUAUAUAAUGUAUAAAAUACCUAUAGGUUUGUGCGAAAUAUCGCAAUGUAAUGAAUGGCGGCAAAAUUCAAAUUGAACACGGUUCAACAUGUAUUAGAAACAUUAACUUUAUAAUGGUGUUGGUAGAAUAUCCAAUUAUAAAUAAUUUUAUAACACAAGAAUUUUAUCUAGAGUUAAAAUUCAUGUUAUGAAAUGCGGAUUACUUAAGUUCAUCAUCAUCAUCAUCAUUUUAGCCACGGAAGUCCACUGCUGAACAUAGGCAUCCCCAAUGACCAAUGAUAAUAUAAGUUAUUAGUACGAAAAUAAACUGUUUUAAUAAUAAUAUGUUUUUUAUUUACAACUUAUGUGCUUUUACUUGGUAGACAUCAUAACAUUGUUCUUUAUCGUAUCUUAUCGAAACUACACUGUUAAUUUAUCAAUGAUGCAAAUGAUGACUCGAGAAUAAAUAAAUUGUGAAUGAGCAUGAUAUUCAAGGGAUUGGAUUAAAAUAAAUAAUAUACGAUUGCAUUCUGAAAUAAUUUAUUUUUAAUAAGAGGACAUGAUUACCUACAACAAGAGCAAUUUAACAAGAAAUAUUAACAUUUUAGACUCCAUCAAUAAUUAACAAAAUCAUCACGUGACAACAGCGAGAGAACGACUAGUAUCAAUUUACAACAAUUUGUGACAUUCAUUUAGAAUUUUGAAAAAAGAUAUGCGAAUCCAUUUUACAAUCGAAAAACUUGAAUAUUACACCAAAACGUGAAGUGAUAAAUGUUCUAAUAUCUACAUUAUUUAUAACCUAUGAACAGUCGUAUAAUCUAACAACAACAUAGUUGAAUGCAAGUACGCUUUGCAUUAACACAGUUUAGGCACAUUUUUCCGAUACAAUUAAUUAUCCCAUAAACAAUAAAACGAAGCGCUAAUCACCGGCAUACUUAUCACAUAAAUCGCUAUACAUACGUUUUUUUAUAUACACAGAGAACUUCGUUUACUAUGUCGAGUUAAGCUGUAUUUAAAAACUUUGUUAACAUAUUAUUUUGUAAUAAAUAUACAACCUACACACAAUA